GCUACGAAUUGUCCAUAAUCGGAACGUCUCACUGUAGCGAUAAGUACACAAAAGUAUAAUCUGUAGAAAACUAUUUAAGCUAAGAAUGAAUAACUAGCUGUAAAUGGAAAAACCUCUGCAGCGAUCCCUUUAAACGAUCGUUAAUAUUGCCCCAUUCAGUAAUCACAAAUAAAGGUGUUUGGUCCGCCUUGCUCAGCGCUUAGAAAAGUAACAAGAAUCACGUGACAACGUUGUCUCCGUGUAGCUUUGUUUUUCCUCUUUACUUUUGUUACACGAUAAUGUAGUUUAAAAUAAGCUGCGAAUAGUAAUAUUAUAAGAACGUAUUAUUUGGAUCUAUUCUACCUAACCCUUAAAACAACGCCGGGGCCACUAAGUCCGCCCAAUUUUAGUUAGCGCGUGUUAUUCUAGUCUCUUAGAUUUUUGUAUGAAGGAGGUGGAGAGAAUGAAUGGACGGGAACUUUUUCAUGCACCGACUUAAACAAUGUUUCAGUAUUUUUUGUCAGCUGAAAAUAGUUUAAACAGUAGGCGAAUGGGUUGAGAUACAAAGCUAUGCUUUACUAUGUCCUCUAAUGCCCCGUGCUUCACGUAAAAAGAGACUGUUAACCCCAAACAAGUCUCAGCUGUUGUUUAAAGAAUCACCUAUUAAUGGACCAAAGCAUGACUGUGGACCACAACUUCGGAGCGCAAUUUACCCCAGGACAUUUAUAUCAGACGAACAACAGAGAGGUGGUGCACCAUGUAUAUCUUGGGUGUCUCCACAGUUUAGUUCACAUGAUAUCAAAGAGGUCAGUCGAGGAAAGGGGAAAAACCUGUCGACUACGAGAAAUAAAUCAAACACAGUGACAGGUUUGUCUUCGCAUCACGACAGAAGGAGGGCUGUCAGUAAAUACGCUCCCUUGUCUUUCGAGACAAACAGAGAAGUUUCACAGCACCUGCGAACAAACCUUCGUACAAAAACAUCCACUUAUGUAGCCGAAGAAGUGAGGUGUUUAAGAGGCAGGAAUUAUAGGCCGGUUACUCUUUGCAAUCUUGAUAAAGGAACUGUAGAAACCCCUAAAAGGACAUGUCUCCAGAAAGAGGUGAAAAGAAGUACGGCUGCGUCUGUGGUUGGAUCAGUUACUUCCAAACGUACAGAGGUUACCCUUAACCCACCUGUUCAUAUAAAUGGGAAAAGGACAUUUGAGGCUUUUGGAAGUCAAACACCUAACACAUCUUCAGCUCUUGCACCCCCGGAGGUAGAGACACCAGAAAUGCCACAUUGUUUCAGUGCAUCUUCACCCAGUGGGAUUCAUCUCAUUUUCCCCCCAAAUCAGGCGAAGACUCCUCCACAUACUCCAAACACAAGCGUCCUGGUGAAUGACACGCCAGAGAAAGACUAUGGGCUGAGGGUAACAUGGAGAAGGAGAAAGGGGUUGAUGAAAUUACUGCUAGACAGUGGAAAGCUCCUCUUAAAAGAUGCAGUAGUUGCAAAUGAGUGGCUUUAGGGCUUGAAUUUAUGGAUAAUGUUAUAAUUUAUGAUUUGUUUCAUAGUCAUUUUUGUUCAGUACUUCCAGAUAAACUGAGAUAAAUUAGUUAUUGGGUGUCUGUGUGUUUAUUUAGGAAACUGAUCAUUUUGGGACAAAAUGUGUGAUAUGUGAUCACUUCAGAGCUAAAAUAAAAAAGUUUUUAAUACAUAUUUCAAGCUUUAUUUAAUAGAAACACUUUUGCCCUUAUAUGAUGCUGGACAUUAAUUAUGCAAUCAACUGUGUAAUGUACAUACAAAUCUGCGAAUAAACCAGGCGACUUUUAACU